AGGAGUGCUGAAAACUGCUGCACACAAAAACAGUUGUGAGCUCUGUUUUGAUCACUCUCCAAAAAAAUCAAAGACAGAGAGCGAUGGGUAACCGCUCAUCAAUCCCUGAAGGUCCUCCACUGAGGAUUGUGAUGAUUGGAAAAACUGGAGUUGGGAAGAGUGCUGUUGGUAACACCAUUGUUGGUAGAAAGGUUUUCCACUCUUCAGCGAGUGCACAGUCUGUGACAGAGAGCUGUGAGAAAGAACGGGUCAAAAGUCACAGAAAGAUCCAUGUGAUUGACACACCAGGGAUUCUGGAUACAUCUAAAAGUGCAGAAAGCAUAAAGAAGGAGAUUGCAAAAUGCAUCCAGGUGUCCUCUCCUGGCCCUCAUGCCUUCCUGCUAGUCAUCCAGAUUGGCAGAUUUACCAAAGAGGAAGAGAACUGCGUCCAAGCCCUGGAGAAAAUCUUUGGACCCGAGGCAUCAAAAUACAUGAUUGUUCUAUUCACGCGUGGGGAUGAGCUGCAGGGCAGAAGCAUUCAGGACUAUGUGCAAACAGGCCACCCAAAACUUCAAGAAGUAAUUAACAGGUGUGGUAACCGCUACCAUGUCUUCAACAACAAGAAAAGGAGGGACAGAAGGCAAGUGGUUAAGCUGAUUAAGAGGAUAGAUGAGAUGGUGGCAGCAAAUGGAGGGAAGCACUUCAGUGAAGAAAUGUAUGAAGAGGCAGAACAGACUCUGCAGCAGCAGACAAAGGAAAGAGACAAAGCAGAGGAGGGGGUUUAUGACUUCUCCUUCAUGUCUGAGCUGCUGCGGAGGGUCCUUCUGUUUCAGGCCAUACUAGCUGCUACCGCACAGGACAACAUCAACGACCUGGACCACUCCGUCGCCACAUCCUACUCCAAUGUGAGUCCUGUUGAUUGAUGAAAAAUAGCCGUCACUUCCAUCACAUCAAGUAUUUUACAGUCCAGAUGGAAAGUUACGGGUUAGUUCUUUUGUUAUGUUUUUGUCACCAAAGUGCCUAGAAAAACAUGCCGGUUUUCAUCAGACACGUUUAAUGCAAAUAAACUAUAGAUACUGUGAUUGUAUUUGUGAUUAAACAGUAACCUAAUUGGUCAUUUGUGGUCAUUGAUUAGUCCUGAAUAAAUGACUGAUCAGUGACAUUUUACUUGUCAGUUAUUUCUUUGUCCAGUAAAAUCACCAAAAGGUAUCAGGUUUGUCAGUGUGUGAAUUUGCUUGUUGUUUUUUCUUGGAUGAUGAUCCUCUCUCAUUAUUUUUUUUUCUAAAUCUUUUUCAUGUAAUUUAACAAUAAAGGGAUAUACUAUAUGCAAGUAGCCAAAUAUUUGACCACAUACAGUGUUUGUUAUUAGGUGUUGCUUGAACAUAUUAUACAUAAAAUCUCUGUUUGUAUGUUUGAAAUAGGGUCACUGGUGCUCUUCCUGUUCUGGAAUAUUUGCACCUUUUUUUGAUUGUCCAUUGUCCAGCAGUUGAUUAUGUCCAUGACAAAGAUGAGACUGCAGAUGUGAAAUAUCUUGAAGCUACAUGGUGCAUCAAAUGGACAUUUAUCUUUGACCUGUAAACUCUGUCUUAAAUAAAUUAAGUAAAUUAAUAAAUAAAAUUAUUAAAAUG